AUGUUCGAAUGGCGAAGGCUGAAAGAGCAUCAUCAUUAUGACUUUUGGGUGACAGCAUCUACUGAAGUUGGUGAAGGAUCUAAAAGUAUGAAAGUAACUCAAACACCUGAAUCCCGUGCACCAGCAAGAAUAGCAUCUUUCUCUGAUAGGCGAUUAGGGGGAGAAGGCUCAAGAGUUAUUCUUGAAUGUUAUGCUGUAGGGUUACCUGCUCCAGCUAUCAUAUGGAAAAACUCCCUUGGCCAUAUUCUUGCUGAUACCAAAGAAAAUUACCGGUAA